AUCCUUCGAUUGGUCUGGCUAGGGAACGCCAAACACCAACCAGAGUGCUAACCGCUGUUUGUUGAUAUCAUUGUUUGAAAACAGACUACACAGCCGCGGCUGUCAAACGAGGUCAAGCGCCAGCAAACCCAACUGCACGUUACCUUCCUCCAACUUUCCACAUUCUCUCUGUUCUCUGCGUUGGGUGCUGACGGGCGACUACGCAACAAGUCGAGUCGCUCGCGUCUCAGUGUACAGUACUGAGCGUGAGCUAGCAAUUAUCACUGGAGGCACUUAUCGAACAUCUCACCAACGCACGACAGAACACGUCUUUCUUUUCUAUCAGUCUUCAAAUUCCUUUGAUUCAUCUUACAGUCUCCCACCUCGAUACCCUGUUACCUAUUGAUUUCAUUGUCACCGCAGUUUCAAAAUUUAUUUCCUCUUGCUGGAUACCACUCUACAUUGAUCAACGAUGUCCCCACAUACAAGUUCUGCAUCUUCAUCUUCAAUCGCUGGCCCUAGUGGUCAGAACCCGCAUCCAAUGCUGGAGAACAACGAAGAGAAGAACAGCGUAGUCAUCAAAGUCGGGAUGGUUGGAGAUUCACAGAUAGGCAAGACCAGCCUCAUGGUCAAGUAUGUAGAAGGCAGCUUUGAUGAGGAUUAUAUCCAGACACUAGGUGUCAAUUUCAUGGAGAAAACGAUCUCUGUUCGGCGCACCACCAUCACGUUCUCAAUAUGGGAUUUGGGUGGUCAGCGAGAGUUUGUCAACAUGCUGCCGCUUGUCUGUAACGAUGCAGUGGCGAUUCUAUUCAUGUUCGACCUUUCUCGAAAGUCAACGCUCAAUUCGGUGAAAGAGUGGUAUCGCCAGGCUCGAGGAUUUAACAAAACUGCUAUACCAUUUCUCAUUGGCACAAAAUUUGAUACGUUCGCGACGUUCCCAAGAGACGAACAGGAGGAGAUUACCAAGCAAGCAAAACGAUUUGCUCGCGCGAUGCAUGCUUCCUUGGUUUUCUGCUCGACAUCUGCGUCAAUAAACGUACAAAAGAUCUUCAAAAUUGUGCUCGCAAAGGCAUUUGAUCUCAAAUGCGUCAUUCCCGAGAUUGAGGGCGUCGGAGAACCCAUUCUGAUAUAUGUGGAUGUGUAAUGAUAGAAUAUCGACCCGAGCGACUGAAGGUGUGGAACGGAAGGGAGUCUGCGUGCACUGCAGGUACUAGGCGAGCAAAGGCUGUGGGUUUGUGGCAACGCAUUGCAUCUCCUGAGGCAUUCACACCUCAAUUUGCAAUCUCAAUGCAGAUGCCUUGACAUAU